GGAUCCUGACCUGGGCGGAAAUCAAGAGCGGGAUGCUUAACCCAGUGAGCCACCCCGGGGCCCCUGCCCUCCUCGCUGAAGACGACAAACUUCCUCACUAGAGGGUGGCCCAGCCCAGGGUGAGGCCCGACCCAGUGAUCGGGGGCCGUGGGCGCCCCAGGUGGGGAGGAAGGGGGCGACUCGGCCCGCGCGGCGGGGAGGCAGAGGGAGGAACUUCGGUCUCUGAGCCCCGGCCCCGGCCCCGGCGGCCUGGGCUGCAGCCCAAUCGGCGGGCCUGGGCCGUCCCCCGGGGUGCUCUAACCCAUUUUACAGACGUGCUGCCUGCGCCCCGGAGGAGGCGUGGCGGCGCUCGGUGGCCCAGCAGGAUUCCGGGGGCGGCGGGCCAGGCCCGGGAGGACACCCGAGCCCAGGAGGCCGAGGCGCCCGCCCUCCCCGCCGGGGAUCACCUGGGCCGGCCCGGGGCCCGCGGGCCGGGCGGAGAGGGCCGCCGCCUCCUCAAAGCCCGGCAGCCCGCGAGCGCCCCGCACUCCAGCCGUCCGGGCCCCGCGACGCCGCCUGCCCCGCUGCCGGCAGGGAAUAAAGGCUCAGUGACCGCCAGUUCUGCCCAGGAGCUCACCUGCCUCUCUGAGCCCCCGGCUGACUGGCUUGUGCCUCCCCCAGGAUGGACACACAGACUAUAUUGCUCAUCUUGCAAGCCUCGCUGGUGCUCCCCCUGGCUGACGGGGCCAACCCAGUCCUGCGCUUUGUGGCUGUGGGUGACUGGGGAGGAGUCCCCAACGCCCCGUUCUACACAGCCCGGGAAAUGGCCACUGCCAAGGAGAUUGCCAGGACCGUGCAGAUCCUAGGCACAGACUUCAUCCUGUCCCUGGGGGACAAUUUCUACUUCACUGGCGUGCAGGAUGCCAACGACAAGAGGUUUCGGGAGACCUUCGAGGAUGUGUUCUCGGCCUCCUCCCUCCGCAACGUGCCCUGGUACGUGCUGGCUGGCAACCACGACCACCUGGGGAACGUCUCCGCGCAGAUCGCCUACUCCAGGAUCUCUCAGCGCUGGAACUUCCCCAGCCCUUACUACCGGCUGCGCUUCAGAGUCCCACGGUCCAAUGUGUCCGUGGCCAUCUUCAUGCUGGACACGGUGACGCUGUGCGGCAACUCGGACGACUUCCUCAGCCAGCAGCCCGAGAGGCCCCGUGACGUGGCGCUGGCCCGCACGCAGCUGUCGUGGCUCAAGAAGCAGCUGGCGGCGGCCAAGGAGGACUAUGUGCUGGUGGCCGGCCACUACCCCGUGUGGUCCAUCGCCGAGCACGGGCCCACCCGCUGCCUGGUCAAGCAGCUGAUGCCGCUGCUGGCCACACACAAGGUCACCGCCUACCUGUGCGGCCAUGACCACAACCUGCAGUACCUCCAGGACGAGAACGGCGUGGGCUACGUGCUGAGCGGGGCCGGAAACUUCAUGGACCCCUCGAGGAAGCAUAUGCGCAAGGUCCCCAACGGCUACCUGCGCUUCCACUAUGGGGCCGAGGACUCGCUGGGGGGCUUUGCCUACGUGGAGAUCAGCCCCAAAGAGAUGAGCGUCACUUACAUCGAAGCCUCGGGCAAGUCCCUCUUCAAGACCAGACUGCCGAGGCGAGCCAGGCCCGAGCACCCACGCGUGCGCCACUCCAGGGCCUGAGGCGGGGGGGGGGGGGGCCUCCCUGCCGGCGGGUGGCUGGGCCCCGCUGGGCCGCGUGCCCGUGGGCAGGCUUCCUCACGGGCCCGUGGAGCUGCGGCGGAGCAGAAGGAGAACCACAGACGAGGAGCGGUGGCGCCAGGUGGCCCUUGUGGCAAGGAGGCCCGCGCCUGUGAAAGCAACGUGGGCACGUGGACCAGCCGGCGUGCCGCGCCCCGUGGCCGAGCUCGUCCAACCUGAGCUCCAGGCGGUGGGGGGGGGGGGGGGCAGGGAGGGAAAGCUUUCUCCUGAACCAAGCACCUGUCACUGCCGAAUAUUCAAUAAAAAAAAUAGUUGCAGAGGC